GUCAUCCCGUCGAACGCUUUCGUUUGAAUCGUAUCCGUUUGGACAUUUCCGGCCAGUCAUCCAAUCGGACGUCGACUCUUUCAAACCCUCCGUCGAACGCUUGCGUUGAUUUCUAUACUUGUGAUAUCUAGCCAGUCAUCUUAUCGAACCCUCGCGUUUUAUUUCUCAAACUUCUCCCUGUAAAUUCCAGCGAGACGUCGCUCCGUGGCUUAGACUGUCCUCAGCGACCGAAUUCCUUUCCCCUUCCAACACCGAACAGCUUGAGUGCUUCAGGUCCCCCGACACCUAACAUGCCUCACAUGCCUCGCGUCAAGAGCACCACCUCGACGAAGCCAAAGGCUACUAAACCUCGUAGACAGAUCGCAGUUAUGUCUGUCAGAAAAGCCCUACCAGUGGAAGGGCCUACUCCCGAUAAUCACAAGGGAACAACGUCCUUCGGAGAUUCGUCUUGGGCAGAGGACCCAUGGGAAGGGGUCGAUCUAAUCCCUACACGACCCAAACGGGGCCCUACAAUCGUCGACCAUUGCAGCAAGCCUGGCCAAUUCUGGCCAGACGGCCAAGAACCUCCUUUCAAAGGCCAGAAAGUCGCGAAGCGUAUAUUUGUCACCCAAGGCAAAUCUCAAUCGCGCAGAGAGAUCACACGUAAUCACGAGGAAAUAAAACGGCUUAAGGAUGAUGUUCGGUCGUUGCAAUUAUUCCAACCACGAACGGGCGACAUCGAACUUUACCACGACUACUCCGACUAUGAUGGCACCGACGAGGAAGACCUCUUUGAAAUGGACGAGGAUGACCUUCCGUCUUCCGCGACAGCCGCCUAUGUUCUUCCUCCAGUUGCUACCGUCCAUGUACCGGUUGGCAAAUGGGUCGAUAGAGGAGACGAACCGUUGGAUCCGCAAGACCUUGAUCUUCUAUUGGAGAUCACGGAGGUCCCACAGGUGGUAUGCGCCAUGCUACUGCCUUCCUCCGCCCUCCCAGUAGGGGAAAUAUUAAAGUUCAAGCUGCCCGACAUUGAGGUUGGGUGCCUCACGGACACUGGUGCAUCAUGCUUUGACAGCGCACGUCCGAUCGAGAACCUGGACCUUACCAGAGAUAUACCUCCAAAGCCGUGGGUCUACAGCCUUAGGGAGGCUCUUGGCGAUGCGAUUCGAGAUGGUAAGCGAUCGAUCAUACAUCCUCGAUUCAAGGACGAACCAUUACCUCUUUGGAUGUUGACCCUCUGGGAAACCCUACAUACGGUGCGCGAGGCUAAGAUGGCCUGGGCGGAUGCAGAUUCGUGGUUAAAGGGGAAAGUCCAGCAGAACAAAAUUACGACCCGCUUCCAGCCCGAUCUCUCGUUUUUCCGUGCCCACAUAAAGAUGUACUAUCUACCAUACCACAAGACGAUCGUUGGCGCAGCUUCAAACGGCUCAAGAAAUACAUUACAACUCGCGCGCCUUUUGUCGGAUGACGCUUGGUUGUCAGAGACUCUCGUGGACAUGAUGAUACAAUCCACCGUCCGUCGAUUAGUCCCAGCACAAUCAAACCUCUUCAUCGCGGAUACCGAGCUCGCCGAUGCGAUCUGGCAGGGGAAACCAAAUUUUGAUUCGUUGCACCACACUCUCAAGAGGCUAGAACGGACACUUGCCAAAGGCAAGAUUCUUUUGUUCCCGGUGUGUAUCCCCAGCAUGAACCACUUUGUUGCAUUUCGCAUCGACUUUGAGCGGAAAACUUUAUGUUAUGGCGACUCUCUCAAUCUUCAAAGUGAAAUUGGACGCUUCAUUACAAGGCUACAGCAGUGGCUUUGCGCACGAUUCGAUGGCCCAUUCGAAGAUCAAGGAAAUACCUUGUCACAUGACGUUCAGAAAGACUCAUGCUCCUGCGCAAUGUUUGCCAUAAAUACCAUUGCUCAUCAUGCCUUUGGCGAUCCCCUCGGUAUCCCUGACCCUUCAUCCACGCGAGCGAAAUGGUUCGAAAGGCUCGCUCACAAUGAGACCAGCGUAAGUGCCAGCGUAUCCACGUCCAAUGCGGUGGCGGGUCCAUCUCUUUCGUCAUCACCAGCCGCGUUGCCAUUUGGUCAAACCGUAACGGAGAAGCAGCAGACAGAAAGGAGGCAGCUCAUAGAAGGAUAUGAGGAUAAAGCGAUUCAACUAGCAGCGGGUAUUACCCAGCUGAAGAAAGAGAAGGAACUCGAGAGACAGAAGGAGAGGCAGCAGGAACUCGAAGAGGAUCAACAGAGGGCAGCGUGGGACAGUCGAAUGCAGGAUAUUGCCAUGGAAGACGGUAUGGACUUUGAUAUGGAACCCGGUGAAGUGAAACCGGAUUCCAGCGUACUAGUUCCAACCAAGGGCAAAGGGAACGCCAUUGAUCGCAAAGAUCCUUCUCCUCGUUACGCACACGCGGCCUCUGUUCUUAGAGUUCCCCGUACAAACCGAUCGCGUUAUUCAGUAUCCCCUGCUCGCCAAGAUUCGUCCUACCAUCCCUAUCACCGACCAGUCUCUCUACGCCAUCGACCAUCUUCGUACAGGGACGACUCUUCGUAUCGGUCUGACCGUAACAUUUCUGCUCGUCGUGGUCGUUCACGUUCUCCAGAACACUUUACUCCUCGCGGCCGAUCACCCUCACCAGUUGGAGCUCGACAUAGACAACCCAUCCGUUACCAGAGUCCUAUCCAUCGAAGAAGCCAUCGCACACCCUCUCCUCGUCGUGACCUGCCUACAAACCGGCGCCCUCCUGAAUCAGAUCACUCCUCACAUCCUAUACGAGGGUCUUCAAUGCAAGUCUCUCCUGUGCUACCGUCAAUUCCUGGCACUUUGUCGCUUCCGAUGGGCUUUUUACAGUUCUUGCCUCCUGCCACCAUAACAACAGUCGCAGGCUCCAACAAGAUGGGAUCCCGUACUGCCCAGAACAGAACAACCCGCUUCAUCCUAGAGCGAACAAACUGCCUCCGGCAGUAUAAUGAUGUCAAUCCCCUUUCCCGUUCAUUACAUAGCGACUCUCAAAACCGCCUUCUCCACAUCGCUUGUUACCCCCCAUAUCAUCUCCUGCACGUCGUCUCUCGUGGUAGGUUAGUCGUAUCGAAGAGGACCGAGAUCAGACUGCGUCUGUGGAGAGCACAAUAUCCAGAUGUCCCGUUAUGGUUUUUCGCAAUCCGUUGUCUCUCUCUCGGACUCGAUUGGCGGGUCUUUGCCAACCCCACGCACCUCGCUGGCCCACUAAAUACCAUCUCAGCUCCUCGGCCCGUCUAUCUCGACCACAAACCUCUCCUGCUCAGAAGGGGCGAGGGAGCGUUCGAGCAGUAUGACAACACCGUCAGGGUCAUGCUUCGACUUCCAUUCGGCCGCCGUUUCUGUUGCAUGGGCAGUCUUUUGUGGCGGCUUGCAAUGCAAUUUGGACCAGACAAUCUAUUUUCAGCCGCCCUGUCUGGCCCCUCAACGGACGCUUUCAUGCACUCCAAUGUCGAGCGCAUCGGCACCGAUGUCGACGACACGGUCACGGAUGGUCACAUUAAUAUUCUGUUAGGCCUAACCGACGACAACUAUACUUUAUGGCCUCCCACGGAUCUCUUUGAAAAGUACAUGGAAUGGGAAGGAGAGUGGACCACAGGUUUAGAGAUAUGGUUCACAGGGCAGAUUACAGCGAUACGAAAUCGGGAUUCGCGCGCGUUCGCCACCCGUAGUCAAUGGACGUCGAGACUUGGUCAGUAUACCACGACUUCGUCCAAAGCCGCCGUGAAGGUGGUGACCGAGGCUCAGGCGGAGUUGUUGUGUUACGAGAUUGAUCAGAUGGAUCCAAGAUCGUUUGCGGCCUUAGAUUAGUUCGGGCUGUUGUCAUUUUGUACGCAGUACUUUCAUUAUAUCCAUACCACGCGUCGCAUAUCCAUCAAAUUUAUCGAGCAAUGGAAUAUACUUUCACUUACAUGGACUUGUACUUUGAUUAGUUUGAAGACGCACCGACUUUUUGUGGACGAGUUAAAAUCCUGAAAAUCUUGCAAGUCUCAUGCUUUCAUUGUCGAACGUGACUGUUUUGAUAUCUAUGCGC